AUGGACGUGCUGAAGUCUCUGGGGCACCCGGAGGAGCUGCUCAACUUGUUCAAAUUCAAGAUGGGCGGCUGCAGCGCUGUUAUGCCGAAGUUGGAUUAUGAGUCUAUGAGUGACAGUCUGCGGACCUGCUACGUGUACCUGAACCAAACCAGUCGGAGUUUUGCUGCUGUCAUCCAGGCUUUGGACGGAGAGCUGAGACAUGCGGUGUGCAUCUUCUACCUGGUGCUGCGAGCCCUGGACACAGUGGAGGACGACAUGACCAUCUCUCUGGAGAAGAAGGUCCCCAUGUUGAAUAACUUCCACACGUACCUGUACCAAGAUGAGUGGUGCUUCACUGAGAGCCAGGAGAAGGACCGACAGGUCCUGGAGGAUUUCCCCACUAUAUCACUGGAGUUCAGAAACCUCGCUCAGGAGUACCGAGAGGUCAUCUCUGAUAUCUGCCAGAGAAUGGGAGUGGGAAUGGCUGAGUUUUUGGAGAAGAAAGUUGGAUCCAUGAAAGAGUGGGACCAGUACUGUCACUAUGUGGCCGGGUUGGUGGGCAUCGGCCUGUCGCAGCUGUUCUCGGCCUCUCAGCUUGAGGACCUUGAAGUGGGACAAGACACUGAUCUGGCCAAUUCUAUGGGGCUGUUUCUACAAAAAACCAAUAUCAUUCGGGAUUAUCUGGAGGACACUCGAGAUGGACGUGCUUUCUGGCCCAAAGAGGCAUGGAGCCAGUUUGCAGAGCAUCUUGAGGACUUUUCACAACCAGAGAAGCUGGAGUCUGCUCUGUACUGUCUCAACUUUUUAGUGACAGAUGCUCUUCGUCACGUCCCAGACGUCCUCAAAUACUUGUCCCGUCUACGCAACCAAAGUGUAUUUAACUUCUGUGCAAUUCCACAGGUGAUGGCAAUCGCAACAUUAUCAGCAUGCUACAACAACCCCAUGGUGUUCCAAGGAGUUGUAAAAAUAAGAAAAGGACAAGCAGUGACUCUAAUGAUGGAAGCCACCAACAUGAGAGCGGUGCAGCUCAUCAUCACCCAGUACAGCCAAGAGAUUUUGCAGAAAGUGUCGCUCACAGAUCCAUCCCGGGUCAAGACUCUGCAGGCCCUCGCUGCCAUCAGAGAACGCUCCCAGUUCAGCUACGUCUCCAGGAACCAUCUAUCCCCCAUGUACCUGUCUGCUGCUAUGCUCCUUGCUGCCCUCAGCUGGCAGUACCUCAGUACUACAGCAGCUCAGGCCCAAGGCACAGGAGACGACACACAGUCACAUCUCAAUCAUUCCAGAGUCUCACACUCAGACAGGAUGAAUCGUGCUCUGUCUCUGCUGUUAGUGGCUCUUUGUCUGACCUGGACUCGUGCUCAUCCAGUCUCCCCGGUAGAGAUUGUAGAUUUUGUGAACAAAGCCAACACUACAUGGAGAGCUGGACAUAACUUUCAAAAUGCAGAUGCUUCUUAUAUUAAGGCUUUAUGUGGGACUGUGAUGAACGGACCAAAGUUGCCACUGGUAUUUCACAAAACAGAGAAUAUAAGACUCCCAGACACUUUUGACGCUCGUGAGCAGUGGCCAAACUGUCCCACCAUCGGACAGAUUCGAGACCAAGGCAACUGUGGGUCCUGCUGGGCCUUUGGGGCAGUGGAAGCCAUAUCUGAUCGUAUCUGCAUCACCAGUGGCGGGAAGGUGACGGUGCAGAUUUCAGCAGAGGAUCUCCUGACUUGCUGUGCCGAGUGUGGGAUGGGCUGUUUUGGUGGCUAUCCCUCCACUGCUUGGGAAUUCUGGGCACGGCAAGGACUGGUCACUGGGGGCUUAUAUAACUCCAAAGUGGGUUGUCGCCCGUACACUAUUGCCCCAUGUGAGCAUCAUGUAAACGGCACUCGGCCUCCAUGCCAAGGUGAGACAAAGACCCCCAAGUGUACGGCCCAGUGCAUUGAUGGAUACUCACCCUCCUAUCCCAAGGACAAAUACUUUGGUGGACACACAUACAGCGUCCCCAGCAGCGAGGACCAAAUCAAAACUGAAGUGUUCAAGAACGGACCAGUGGAGGCCGCCUUUUAUGUCUACGCUGACUUUCUCCAGUACAAGUCUGGUGUGUACCAGCACGUAACAGGAGACAUGCUCGGUGGUCACGCUGUCAAAGUGCUGGGCUGGGGAGUGGAAGAAGGCACACCAUACUGGCUGGUGGCCAACUCCUGGAAUGGGGAUUGGGGUGAUAAAGGUUACUUCAAGAUCAAACGUGGAAAUGAUGAAUGUGGAAUUGAGUCUGAGAUGGUUGCAGGCCUGCCAAAGUAG